AUGGCGCCUCUCACUGGCGAUGCCGGCGAAACGUUUGGGAAUGUACCCAACCAAUGGUCCAAUGUUGGAAAUCACGAAUACCAUGGCAGAGGACGCGGGACUAGUUAUGUUCCACAAAGUCUCCCUGGCGCUCCGACCAAGUUUCGAAAGCAAGAUCGAACCAACACUAUCAGGCAAGCUUUGUGCAAUACUCUUAUUUCGGAGAAUUUCAUGAAGCUUCAAUCGUUGGCUGCCACCCAAUUUCGUUUAAGGCACCAGUGGACUGCGAUUUCCACCUCGCAUCGGUCUUAUCAGCACCCCCAGCGGGAGUCGAACCGUGAAAGUGUAGAAUGGGAGCUUGACACGUUAACCACUCAGCUCCCAUUAUGCACUGUCACGGUUCGACUCCCGCUAGGGGUGUUGAUAAGACCGAUGCGAGGUGGAAACUGCAGUCCACUAGUGCCUGGAUGA